UGAAGAAUGGCUCUAUUAAUCGAUUUCCCGGAAGGAACCAGAACGAUCAAUUUUGAAAUCCCUACAAACGUGAAAAUGAAAGUGUCAAUGUCACCAGUCACUGGAUGCAAAAUUAAAAUAGUCCCACUGCAAUCAAAUCCUCUCGAACUGACUAAAACCUUACCAAAAACAAAGACGUCAUAUUCGGUGUUUUUGGGAUCCCAUACCGAUAGUGCUACGUCUUCAUCAAGAUCUCCAACUUCUCCCUGUUUUCCCAUUUUGAGAAACGGUCCAAAUGCAAAUCCAACUCUUGUUUAUGAGAAUCUUCCCAUUUUGAACGCUCUCCAUAACAACAUUAAAAAAACUACAGGACAUACUCAGCUUCCUAUUUCAAUACAUACAUCAACAUGUGCAUCGCCAUUUCAUCUUCAAGCAUCAUCUUUUAACAACAUUGGCACCACCGAAGUAAUUCAUUUUUAGUAAACUUAUGGCAUUCUUCAUCAUGAUUCAUAGAAUAAUACAUAUGUUAUUUAUUUUAGUUAUUAACAAUGCAAUAAAAAAUGAUCGAG